GAUAUAAUAUGCAUUCAUUGCUGUAGAAGCUUCAUCAACAGCCCAAGAUAGCAAGUAGCUUGAUGUACUCAAAAUAGACAGCAAGCAGUAUGAAACUUCUAAUGCUGGUAGCUCUGCUAUCAAGUCUCACACUAGUACGCUCAAAAGCCGUCUUUGCACAUUUUAUGGUCGGCAAUACAGCUUCAUACAGCACUUAUGACUGGGAAGACGAUAUCAACAAAGCUCAAAUUGCUCAUAUCGAUGCCUUCGCGUUGAAUAUCGCUAAUAAUGAUUCAACGAUUGCUGCACAGCUACCAACACUCUUUUCGACCGCUGGGAGCAAGGGCUUUAAACUGUUCUUCUCCUUUGAUUAUGCUGGUAAUGGAGCGUGGUUACAGGCAGAUGUGAUUGCUCUGGUUAAUCAAUACAAAAUGGAAGCUGCAUACUAUUUUUAUAAUGGGCAAGCCUUUGACACAAGUUGUUUCUUUAUUUCAUCUUAGUCGUUUUUGGGUGCCAAAGCAGCUGUAGCCAUUAGAGUUCCGAAUUGUCUCUUCAGUUGGGGGGCCUGGCCUGA